CACCCCCGUUCCGCCCCCUCCCGUUCCGCCCGUCGAUCGUCGCUCCGUUUUCCCCCGCUCCGUUUCACCGUCGCCGGCCAUGCCCGCCGAUACGGGCAUGGAGAAACCGACCGCCUCGCCCAUCGCCGGCGCGCCCGCCAGCGCCAGCCACACGCCGGACAAGCCGCGGAGCGCCAGCGAGCACCGGAAGUCGUCCAAGCCCAUCAUGGAGAAGCGGCGCCGGGCGCGCAUCAAUGAGAGCCUGGGGCAGCUCAAGACGCUCAUCCUGGACGCGCUCAAGAAGGACAGCUCGCGGCACUCCAAGCUGGAGAAGGCGGACAUCCUGGAGAUGACCGUCAAGCACCUGCGGAACCUGCAGCGGGCGCAGAUGACCGCCGCGCUCAGCGCCGACCCCACCGUACUCGGCAAGUACCGGGCCGGCUUCAACGAGUGCAUGAACGAGGUGACCCGGUUCCUGUCCACCUGCGAAGGGGUCAACACCGACGUCCGCACGCGGCUCCUGAGCCACCUCUCGGCGUGCCUGGGCCAGAUCGUGGCCAUGAACUACCCCCCGCCGCCACCGCCGCCGCCGCCCGCCCAGCCCGCACAUCUGGCGCAGCAGCCGCUGCACGUCCAGCCCCCGGCCGCAGCUGGAGCCGUGCCCGUGCCCUGCAAGCUCAACCCCGCCGAGGCGCUGUCCCCCAAGGUCUACGGCGGUUUCCAGCUGGUGCCGGCCACCGACGGCCAGUUCGCCUUCCUCAUCCCCAACCCGGCCUUCCCGCCCGGCUCCGGACCGGUUAUUCCUCUCUACGCCAACGCCAACGCGCCGGUGUCGGCGGGCGGCGGCUCGGGGAACGCGGCCGCCACCCCCUCGGCAUCGCCGGUGCAAGGCCUGACAUCAUUUGGGGGCAGCAUCGGCCCAGCGUCCCAGGCCGGGAGUCCCAUCGGAGAGCGCAGUGAAUCCGUCUGGAGGCCCUGGUGACUCCUUCCAGGCGUUCCCCCUCUCCAAAACAACGAAAAAAAACGACAAAACAACCCCUCUCGUUGGCUCCGUUGUAUGGAGCCCCUGUUAUGUUUUGGGUUUUUUUUUAAAAAAAGCAGAUUAAGCAGAAAGGAAGAAAAGGACCUCGCUAUGAACGUGCUAUUUAUUAUUUUACAGAGGUUGGGAUCUCGACUUGUAUUUUUACUCCUUUAAAAUGCCUUUAUUUGAGAUACUUUUUUUUAAAGAAACAAAGAAACAAAAAAAAUAAUAAUGAGAAAUAGUUUUGUAACAAAUAUUGAAAAAAGUUAUAAUGCCAAAGUUGUUUGUAUCCCGUUGGUCUGUGGGUGUGUGCGUGCCUGUGUCGAAGACUUCCAAAAACGAAAAGAGAAAAAAAAAUGCAGGUGUUUCAAUAAAGGAACUCUUUGAAAUAGA